UACAUGUGUUAAUACUAUAUAUGAAUGUACUACUGAAAAUUAAAACAGAACAAAGAUUUAAUAGAUAUUCAUAAAUUAAAUGUGUACGGAAUUGUUACAUGAUAUGUGGGCUAAUUGCUGGCCGGGCAGUCGUCAGGAAAGUGGUUCUGGUUGCCAGGCAAUUGCGCACUCACGUUACUAACGUAAACAAAAAUUGAAACCAAAAGGAGAGCCACAACAAAUAAGUGGAAAAAUAUCCAUAAUUUAGCAGGAGUCGUCGUGUACUCAAUUGAAAUUGUGUAAAGUCAAUAGAAUGUCGUUCAAGGAUGUGCACGAUCUCAGCGAGCAUCUCAAGUUGCUGGGUUUUCCGCGACUCUUUCCGCUCCAAGCGCUAGCUACUCAGCACGGCAGCCUGGCCAACUUUCACAUUGUGGCCGAGCUGCUGCAGUGGCUGGCCAGGCUGCUAGAGCCUGGCGCUUUACUGGCUGGCAGUGUCCAGACGGAAGAACAGCGUGUUCUGCUCAUACGUGCAGCUAGCGAAUUCUUUCUAACUAAGUCAGGCAUAAGGCUGAAUCCGCGCAAACUCUAUGCCGCAGCGGCCGUCAGUGCCACGGAGCUACAGAAGAUAACACGCCUGCUGAUUACGCCCGCUCAGACGGAAGAAGAGAGCGAGGACCAGGAUGAGGACCGACAGCAAUAUUAUAGUCUCAAUCAAGUAGAUAUUGGCGACAAGAUGGAUGAGUUGCGCCGUGCUCGUGAGCUAUCCUCCAAUCUAACACAGGGCGGCGCUGGGCUCUAUGAUCUGCUAUCCAAGGAGCGGUAACAAGAAAGUGCAAUCGCCCAAACGCCCCAACCAAUGGAGCUGAUCAGCGUUGAGCGCACCAUGAAGAACGCUAUCCAGGUAAGCCAGCUGAAGCUACAGUCCAGUCGGGCCCAUCUAGAGAAUGCACGCAUCGAACUCAAUGCAUUCACCUCCAAACUGCUGCGCAAGCGUGCAGAGCUGGACCGCACCAAGCAACGGUUGGAAGCACUCCAGAAGAUUCGUCCCGCUCACAUGGCAGAGUUCGAGGAGUGCGAGAAGGAGCUGCAGCAAUUGUUUCAGCGCUAUUUUCUGCGAUUUCAUAUCCGUGAAGCGCUACGUAAUCAGCUAGAGGCGCGUACAAAGCGGCGUGUCACGCCUAUCUAUCUAUUGCCACUGCUGCAGAAGCCUGCCGAGAACUCGAUGCCAUUUAUACCAGAGGGCCUGAUCGAGGACGAGGACGAUGACGAUGAUGGCGACGAUGGUGAUGGCGACGGACAGAUGUGUAAUGAAUUGCCACGCGAGAGGUCCUUCGGCCUGGACUCAGAAAUACCCGACAUACGCGAUGAGGAUCUAUUGGUACAGCGCAGCAGAGCAGCCAAGGGUGGUUUAACAGCGGCAGCACUCAGCCAGCGACCCUGCACGACCACCACUCGCACCCGUCCCACCACAGGCCGCAGUCGUCGAACGAUAGCAACGGCAUCUGCAUCUAGCUCCAGCGGCGCACGAACCACACACAUCGAACGAAAUGCGCCAAGCAGCAGCAUGCUCAAUCGCCGCACGGAUAACGACAGCAGUUUUGGCAGCUCCGACAGCGAACUGGACAUGGGUGAUAUUAUUGGCAGGUUCGCCGGCACAGGCGAUGAUGAUUUCGAUCUGAACUCCAUCGAUGACAUUAGCAUAUCGAAGCUAACCGGCGAGCUGCCGCUGCGCCCCAAAACGUCGAGCAAGACAGAGCACCACAGCGACGAGGACUUUUAGCCAAACGAGCAUAUGAAGUGAUGUAAAAGUCGAUGUACCAUUGCAUGAAUUAUUGAUAUACCAGUUAUAAAGUAAUUAUAUG